CAAGCACCUAGUUAGCGGCCGCUGGAAACAAAACCGGACUCCGCAGCUAAAAGCAACUUCUCAUGUCACGUAAACAUCUAUUGCCUUUUUAAAUUUCGUUCUAAUUUGAUCCAUAAGGCCGAAAGUUUUGCUGUGAAGAUGGGAGUGCCGAAAUUUUACCGCUGGAUUUCAGAGCGAUAUCCCUGCCUGAGUGAAGUUGUCAAGGAACAUCAGAUCCCUGAGUUUGACAACCUCUACCUGGACAUGAAUGGCAUCAUCCACCAGUGUUCCCAUCCCAACGACGAGGAUGUCCACUUUCGCAUCUCUGAGGAGAAGAUUUUUGCAGACAUCUUCCACUACCUGGAGGUGCUCUUCAGGAUCAUCAAGCCACGCAAGGUUUUCUUCAUGGCUGUGGACGGUGUGGCACCGAGGGCAAAGAUGAACCAGCAAAGAGGAAGGAGAUUCAGGUCAGCCAAAGAAGCAGAGGAUAAGAUAAAGAAAGCACUGGAAAAGGGAGAGGUGCUUCCCACAGAGGCUCGCUUUGACUCCAACUGCAUUACUCCUGGUACCGACUUCAUGGCUAAACUCCAGGAGCAGCUCAAGUAUUUUGUCCACAACAAGAUCUCCACCGACAGGACAUGGCAGGGCGUCAGAGUCUUUCUGUCUGGCCAUGAGACACCAGGUGAGGGAGAGCAUAAGAUCAUGGAAUUUAUUCGUUCUGAGAAUGCCAAGCCGGGUCAUGACCCCAACACCCGCCAUUGUCUCUACGGGCUGGAUGCUGACCUGAUCAUGUUGGGUCUGACCAGCCACGAGCCACACUUCUCCCUGCUUAGAGAAGAGGUCCGCUUCGGAGGAAAGAAAUCCCAGAAGAGGAUAACAGCUCCAGAGGAGACAACUUUCCAUUUGCUGCACUUGUCUCUGAUGAGGGAGUACAUUGACUACGAGUUCUCUGAACUCAGGAAUCAGGUUGGUUUUGAGUAUGACUUGGAGCGAAUUAUAGAUGACUGGAUUCUGAUGGGCUUCCUGGUGGGAAACGAUUUCAUCCCUCAUCUUCCUCAUCUUCAUAUCAACCACGAUGCUCUGCCGCUGCUGUACAAGACCUAUAUCAGCAUACUGCCCAAACUGGGAGGCUAUCUGAACGAAAAUGGUCACCUCAACCUCUAUAACUUUGAGAAGUACCUGGAGAAACUUUCUGAGUUUGACAGGGAACAUUUCAGCGAGGUGUUUGUGGACCUGAAAUGGUUUGAGAGUAAAGUCGGGAACAAGUAUCUGAACGAGGCUGCUGGGUUGGCUGCAGAGAAAGAAGCUGUCAGCAAGCACAGCAAGAAGAAGGAGGAGUCCGCCCUCUACCUGGCAGCCCUUGCUUCAUCAGAUAAGGAGGCAGGAGCAGGAAAGGGAGCUGUGGUAGAAGAGGAGGAAGAGGAAGAUGACAUGUUUGAGACUGAGUUCAGGCAGUAUAAGCGCACGUACUACAUGACCAAGAUGGGUGUGGAUGUGGUGUCUGAUGAGUUUCUAGCCAACCAGGCCAAGUGUUACGUGGAAGGCAUCCAGUGGAUUCUUCACUACUACUACCAUGGGGUCCAAUCCUGGAGCUGGUACUACCCCUACCACUACGCUCCCUUCCUGUCUGACAUCAGGAACAUCUCUGGGUUAAAGCUGACCUUUGACCUUGCCCAACCCUUUAUGCCUUUCGAACAGCUAUUGGGAGUCCUUCCCGCUGCCAGCAAGGACCUGCUGCCUGAGUGUUACAGGCACCUGAUGACCAGUGAAAGUUCACCCAUUAUUGAGUACUACCCUCUUGACUUUAAAACGGACCUCAAUGGCAAACAGCAGGAAUGGGAGGCAGUGGUGCUUAUUCCCUUCAUAGAUGAGAGAUGCUUACUGGCAGCCAUGGCGCCCUUCAAUGAUAAGAUGACUAAAGCAGAGAAGGCCAGAAACCGUCACACAGAGUGUGCCGUCUACACACACGACCCUGAUGUGGACUUCACAUACAACUCUUCCCUCCCUCAGCUGUUCCCUAACAUCACACACUGCCAUGUCAGGCAAACUCUGGUUCCUAUGGAUGCUUGGCAUGUGUCUCUGAACCAUGUUGGCCGCCGCAUUGACCGCUCAGCACUGUACUUCUGCGGCUUCCCCACUCUGCAACACAUCAGACACAAGUUCUUUAAGAAGAAGAGUGGCGUGGUUGUGUUCCAGCAGAGCAGCAGAGGAGAGAACAUGAUGCUGGAGAUCCUCUCUGGCCAGGAGGAAGAGCCGGUGUGUGAAGACGUUGCAGCACUGGUACUGGGGACAUCUGUGUUUGUCAACUGGCCCCACCUAGAGGAAGCUCGUAUCAUUGCAGUGUCAGACGGAGAGACAAAGUUUUUCCUGGAUGAGCCCCCAGGUGCCCAGAAGUUGUAUGCCAGGUCGUCCACUCCUCCUCCCACCAAGGUCACCUACCUGUCUGACAAGGAGCAGAAGGAAUGGCUGAAAGACGUCCAGGCAACCUCUGAACAUUUCUUGAAGCGGAAGGCCAUCAUGGUGAAUGAAACAGCGGUGGUUUUGUACGGUCAAUUGCUGAUGGGGAAGAAAUACGUCCCCAAAGCCAACGGGGUGGUACAACUGGAGAAACAGUGGGCCAAACAGGUCCUGCCUUUCCUCUACCAGACCGUGGUUAAGGACAUCAAGGCCUUUGACUCAUCUUUGACUCGCUUUAAGACUUUGGAAGAGCUGUUUCCUCCGGCGACCACUGUCUUCAUGGUUGGAAACCCUUACUACGGUGCCAUGGGAGAGGUACAAGAGUCUAAUGAUGUCAUCAAAGAGGGCCGGGUGCGAGUGGUCUUCAGUGUGCCAUAUGAACCACAGCUAGAAGCCUUAAUCCAGAACCAGCAUAAAUACUGUGUGAAGUACAGUCCAGGCUAUGUUCUGGCAUCUCGCCUUGGCACCACCAGCUACCUUGUCUCCCGCUUCUCAGGAAGCAUCUUCAUUGGCCGAGGCUCAAAGAAGAAUCCCUGUGGGGAGCAGAAGGCGAACGUCGGCCUGAACCUGAAAUUUAACAAGAAGAAUGAAGAGGUUCCUGGCUACACCAGGAGAACUGAUAAAGAGUGGCUGUACUCUGCUGCCGUGGAGGAGUUACUAGCAGAAUACCUGGACAGGUUUUCUGAGGUGUUUGACACAGUGUCCAGAAACAGUCAUGAUGAUGUUUUCUACGAGGACGACAUCUGGCCCGGAGUGGACCAGAAUGGGGCGGAGAAGGUUGCAGAAAUCACCUCAUGGUUGAAAAGUCACCCAGUGAGCUCCAUCGGCAGGACGUCAUGUGACCUGCAAGUGUUGGACUCCGGCAUAGUGGAGAAGAUUGAGGAGGCAGUGGAGAAAGCAAAAGUGAAGAAGGUCACUAAGAAAGUUCGUGUGACCGUCAAGCCUCAUCUCCUCUUCAGGCCCCUGGAGCAGCAGCAGGGUGUGGUUCCAGACCCAGAUGCAGAAUAUCAUCUGUUCGAUCGAGUUGUCAACAUCAGGGAGAGCUUCUCGGUCCCACUGGGUCUCAGAGGCACUGUUGUUGGCAUUAAAGGAGCGGAGCGUGAGGCAGAGGUUCUCUAUGAGGUGGUGUUUGAUGAAGAAUUUGCAGGAGGGAUCACCAUCAGGUGCACGCCGAAUCGCGGUUAUCGCCUUCCUCCCUACGCUCUCAUCAACCUUUCCCACGGAGCCCGAAUGGAUCCCAGCUCCCAAAAACUCACUGCCAUCGUCAAGCCUCAGCCCUCCAGCGCGCACCGUCAGCUCACCGGCCUCAACCACUCACCACGGUCACCAUUCAUACCCACGCAGCAUAACCACAAACAGGGUGGGUUGAAGUCAGACUACCAGGGCAACAGGAACUCUCCGUGCAAGACUCCCAGCCACAAACAGCACACCAGGGAGGAGGAGGUCAACAAUGGGUGGCAGUCUCUGCAGAACUCUGGUCCUCCUCAGAAACCUCCCGCUCACUGGCGUAAUAAUGCAGGACAUGCCCAACAGGGGAAGAACCAGCACGCAACUUCCAACAAAGCUGCUUCAGGCGGUGGCAUCAGGCUGUUGAAGAGAAAUGAUGAGGCCAGCCCCCAUUUGCCUUCACAGAACACAGCCAACCAGGCUUCAGCUGAGUUUGAGGAGCUGAUUGCCAAUCUGAAGAUUUCCAAGGGCAGCCAGCACACCCCCUCUGCUCCCCCUCCUUUACAGGAACCCACCAGCGAAUCCAAUGGGCCGUUGUCUCCGCAGUCCUUUGCCAUGAAGGGGACCUUGGUCCUGAAGGAGAUGCUGAAGAUAGACAGCUCUGCAAGAGGAAGUCCCUCCUCCCAGGACCCGGCUGGGUCUGCGCCCUCUAGAGGCCAGCAGCAGAAUAGGAGACGAUCCUCCAAGAAACUAGCGGCCAAGAUGAACACUCCUCAGGAUGAGGCGGUCGUGUUGCCUCCACCUCCAUCGGCCACUGCCCUCAACCUCCCCAACACUGUGAUGCCCAGCGGGGUGUCAGAGCUGGCACGCAUCUGUGUUGGGUUAGGCAUGGCGCCGCCAGAGUUCAGCUUCAUACGCAACAGACAGGGCCUAGUAGUAUGCCAGGUGAAGCUGUCCAGUGGGUUGAUGGUGCACGGCCCACAGUGCCAGUCUGAAAACGAUGCCAAGGAGAAAGCUGCCUUCUUUGCCCUCCAAAGACUGAACUCAGUAGGGUCAGGCUUCCACGUCCCGCCUCCUCUCUAUCCCGGAGUGGGACAGAUGCGCCCCCCCCAUGUGGGAGCCAUGCCUCCUGUUUUCAACCAAGCAGGUGGUCUGCUGUUGCCCCCCCAGGCAUACGCCCCUGCCCCUCUGUGGGGUAUGACGCUGCCGCCCCAUCACCACCAGAGCCAACCGUUCUAUGGAGGUGUGGGAACCUUCCCUGGCGCCGCCCGCCCUCAGACAUCAGCGACACUGCCCAUCGGCUCACACAACCAGUUUAUCCCCUUGCAGGUGACUAAGAAGCGAGUAUCCAGCAAGAAGAGCCAGGAGACCCGAGAGUUCUAUAGUGCUGCUCAAACUGUGGCCAGGAACCAAUCACAGAAAGCCCAGAACCAGCCCUCUGGCCAAUCACAAGCUCAGAGUCAACCCACUGGCAAAGUUGACCAGUUGCACCCCCCUGGUGCCAACAGCAGCUCCACGCCGUCCACUCCCCGCCCUGCAGACGCUGUUACCACGACGAUAUCAACCCCCCAGACGCCUCCCCGGCAAAACGCCCCAGCAACAGGCCACACGCCCGGCUCCGCCUCCAAGAGGAAACACAGAAAGCUGGCCGUCAACUUUGAAGCAGCUAAAGUUACUGAGUGAUCUGCUAAUGUGAGCGUGUGUGCCUGUUUGUGUGUGCGUGUGUGUGUGUUUAUAUGCUGCUCUACCAAGGCCUGACUCAGCAUCUCUAACCUAAGCGGUUGUGAAACCAUCUUUUCUCUGUCAAACUCCAGCUCUGAGGAGGCUGCGGUUCAUUGUAAGGGCACAGACUGAACAUCACAGAUUUUUUUUUUUUUUUUUCUGUUGCACACCUGAGCAAACAAAAUCCUUCCCACUGUUGCUUUGUCGUUUACUUAAAUCCCAGGCAGUCCAAUUCAAACCUGCGAAGGAAGCGGUGAGAAAAACUCGACAGCUUCACUUUGACAGUCUUACGAUUGUAUUUGUUCCAGUGCAAGUCAGUCUGAAUUUAGCUGCUUUCAGUUGUUCCAGCUUCCUGGUUUUCUGCUCUGGAAAGUUGCCUUCUCAAGCUCAUAGAUGGCAUCUUGGAGCCCAGUACGGUGCAGUACUGCCUUCCUCUAAUGUAGGAUGCUACAUGUAGGAUGCAAAUGUUAACCGACCAGGAUGCAUGCUCAGAUCAAGCUUUGGCCCCUAAGCUUAAUUUUCUUCCUUGUCUUUUCUGAAAGCUCACAGAGAGGAUACAUUCACCUAAUUUGCACACUUAGGUAAAAAAAAAUAAAUAAAAAAAAUCACUGUAUUACAUUAUUUUUGCACUGUUUAACAUACUUGAUUCCAUGAGUUGCAUGAGCACUCGGCUAUGAGAAUAGUUUCCCAAGGCAAGCAUAUUCAGAGACCAUCAUCUUUUCUGUUUCCCACUAAAGCGGCUUCACUGUGCAUUUAACUCACGACGAGUUAAGUAUGUUGAAUACUGCUAAAGUUCUAGUGAAGUGAAACAUCCUCUUAAAAUUGCAUCACCCUUGCUCAAUAUGCAUUUCAGAGAAAACGCAAGGCGAAACAACACUGUAGCAACUCGCCACCACCAGCUGGGUGAAGUGAACAUAUAGCACAGAGGAGGAAAUUGCUCAUUUUUCAUGUUCAGAGGAACUGAAAUUGUUUUUUUUUUUUUUUUUUUUUUUUAAAUCUCCUCAUUGAUAGUUCACAGUUGAAAAUCAUAUCUCAUCUUGGUCCUCUAAAAUUCAUAGUUUUGUUUCUGUUUUCGUGCAGCGUCCGUAAUCAGAAAUAAAAGCCGAAGGUAGUUUUUAUGCUCUAUAAUACGUCUGUUUCUGUGCUCCCCAGCCAUGCCGCUUCCAAAUGCUGCCUGUGUAUUAACAGCUAAAGGACAGGAGAGAUGUUUCACUGGUUUGUGAUGCUGGCGUGGCCUUCCUCAGAACGCUGGGAGCAGGACAGUGAUGGCAGUGUAGGCUGAGGACAGUGGAGUGUUGAUUGUCGAUGUGAUACUGCUCUUCCAACAACAUACCGGGGGGGUUAUUCCAGGUAGCCCGAGCUGCCCAGACAGCCUGCUCACUGUGGAAAAAGACCAAUGUUUUGGAUAACCUCUUGGAUUAAAAUUUGACUAUUGGUGCUCAGGGAAGUGUAGCUAUGGUAGAAAGCCAUCAUCAUACAUCAGUCCUGGAUAAGCACUGCGGUUGAAAUUGUAACCUAGACCUUGAUCUGUCAGAAGACUGGUGUGAAUCGGGUGCGGAAGUGUAGCAAUUUUACGGAACUAAAGAGGGCCUUCUAUCAUGGCUACCCUUGUACAUACUGAUGCUCGCUGUUUAUCUCGAAACGCUAUCUGGCCAGCAGUCCAGCCAUGCUAGUCAAAGUACUUUGACUCUGUAGGGUUUGCAUUGGAGGCAGAAACUGCGGUGAUAAUCAGGCAAACAUGUAUUAUCCGUUAUUAACAUUUCACGUUGUUUACUUUUCCUUAUUUUCCUAUCAAAUACUCGUUUCAGCCCUUACUACUCAUUACUCCCUUGAGAGGCUUUAUACUUUUUAUUAGUUAUUUUACUGGCACCUGUAAAGUGAAAAGAUUACCGCCACAUGCAUACAUUGCAGCAUUACGUGGAAGCAUUCAGAUAAAAAUGAAAUUUUUCGGAAUUGUGUACGCACGCACGCACACACACACAAACACAGCAGACUUACAGACAGCCGUCAGACAGCAACUGUACACCAGCACAUAACCAAAAAUCUGGUUUCAGCGACAGUAAAGUUUUGAAAUUGCCAGACGGUUUGUGAGUUGUUUUCGCUGUUGUUUAUCCAAACUGGACCAUGUGAAGAAGUCCUUUUGAUUGUAUCAUGCUGGAGUCCAGAAACUAAUCCUGUCAGUUUUCUUUUGGACCCAGACAAACUCAUAUACUGCCAGAGUCAGAUUUUCCAAAAGCAUCUUGCUACUGAGUUAAUCCUCUCAUUAGCUGUUACUCCAGUGAGGCCCGUUGGAGCGCGGCUAGUUUGACCCACGUGCACAAAAUAACAUUUUAUCUCUAAGCCUUUUAACGCUGUAAAACAUUUGCUCUUUUCACGGCUGUGGCUUCUUUGUUUGGGCAGAUAGGAGGCGUUCAUAUUUAUCACAUAAUUAACCCCUCACUACAUGAAUUAUAAGAUUCAUGUUAUGGUCCAUUGUUCUUCUCAUCUACAGUUGCCAAAUUAUGGUCAUUCUUAAUUGACAAGGGAUUUCAAACUCAUAAAUGCAAACAAAUAUUUUGGAUUAAAUUGAUCGUAGCAUUUCAUUGUGGCUGGAAAAAAAAGUACAUGAAUUCUGCUCUUUUGUAGUAUUUUGGUGUGAUUUACAUUUGUGACUUAUAUUCCCAUUUAAUUUGAUGACCUUGUGUGUGUUUAUAUCUGUAGUACACAUGAAACAUAGUUUAAAACAAAGGAUUUGAGUUAAAUUGUUUUUCUUUAGUACUAAGGAAAAGUAGCCACUGAUAUAUAGCCACACCUUGUACCAAAAAGGUUAAAAUCUGUUAAAAGUUAAAAUCGGUACUUUUAUGUGUAUAUACAGCCAAAUCCAAUCUGCAUGGACCUACUGUAGCAUGACGGGUCAAUUAUGCCACUGCCGCUGUCCCAGUCAAGGAUGUGUGUGUGUGUGUGUGUGUGCACGGGUGCACUCAUGGGACUCGACCACCAAACAGUUUCCAAGAUGCUUCUGGGAAUCUGACUCUUUGACUGUUUUGUGAAGUUGACUGACCUUUUUAAAUUCCGUAGUUUUUCUACAUCUACUCUGGACUCAUGUUCAUGAGCAAACAUGCAUACAAAAUGUCUUGAUUUUAUUUUUAUUUUUUUCCUUUUCAAAUUAUGGAUUUUACAGCUACUCUUUUUAGAGACAGCCUUGUCUUUGCAAAGCAAUUUUAAUAAGUAUUGUUUGAAUAAUAGUUCAUGGGGAAGCUACAGUGCUGUAAGCAGCUAUAGAGACAACAAAUAAAAUACUUUUAAUUUGUCCUGGUUUUGAGGGACUUAAUGUGUUUGAGGUGUGAGGGAGUUUUUUUUUUUUUGUUUGUUUGUUUUGUAAGGGUUGAUGCCCCACCGCCAACCCUGGGACUGCAGUCAAGGGUUAGGCUUUGGUGUAAUAAGGGGAGGGUUUUAAUGUAUUUGGAGUUGAAGCACACCUGUUGUAUAUAUGUUGUAUUUUGAAAAUGAAAAUGAAGAUACCAAACUUGGAAAUUCCUCACCAUGAAACAAGGACUUGCUGUAUUUAAUAAAGUGAAUCUUUUUGUUAUCA